AUGUACCUCGCUGGUCGGUUUAUCAUGGGCCUGGGCUCUAAUAUCACCAACGGGACGUGUCCAUUGCUGAUCACUGAGGUCGCUCAUCCGCGCCACCGGGGCAGAGUCACCACCAUAUAUAACACUCUCUGGUAUCUCGGCGCCAUCAUUGCCGCGUGGACAUGUUUCGGAACUUUAAAAGGCCAGAGCGGUGAUAUCCAAUGGCGUCUUCCCACUGGCCUACAAUGUCUUAUGCCAGGUAUUCAGCUUCUUGCUAUUUGGUUUCUACCAGAGAGCCCUCGCUGGCUGAUUAGCAAAGCCCGAGAGGAAGAGGCCCGUGAGAUUUUGAUCAAGUAUCACGCCAACGGAGAUGCGGACGAUGAGUUUGUCCGCUGGGAAUACACAGAGAUUGUAAACACUCUUCGGAUGGAGAAGGAGAUGUGCGGCACCGGUGGCAACGGCCUAGUGUCUUACUAUCUAGCAGCGAUCCUCAAUACUAUCGGCAUAAUUGACGCGGUAUACGCGAAGACUGCAUCUCCUUCCGCAGGUAUCGCAGUUGUGGCCAUGAUCUUCCUCUUCUACGGUACCGCAGGUGCUGCAUGGCCAGGCUUAACCGUUUCAUACACCGUCGAGAUCCUACCGUAUAAUAUUCGCGCUAAAGGGCUAACGCUAUGCUUUUGUUUCACGGCUCUUAGCGGCGUCUUUAACCACCUCGUUAUUGAGUGCCUGACUAUCUUCUUCUUCUUCGUCGAAACGCAGGGCCCGACCCUAGAAGAAAUUGCGGUGUUAUUUGACGGGGAAAACUCCGCAGCUGGUGUAGCAAAGCUUCAAGCCCAGGAGAAAGCCAUGUCGGCCCACCACGAGCGACUGAGAAUGGAGGAAGAAAACCUUUCAACGAGGUAG